CUCACAAACCAGGCAGAAAACAUAAUUAGAGAACAUAAUCCAGGCCAAUGCUUUUCCAGCCCUUCAUUCCCACAAUCACCCCGUAACCUUCUACAUCCCCUAAGCGCACACACACAGUUUCAUGAGCUGCUUCUAAAGAGGGGGAGUGUGGACUUCAAAUUCUUUCAAGCCCCAUGAUUUUGUUUGAAUAGAUGUGAAUGUUAGUCUUAGUGGUAUAUAUAUCAUUAUGUGUGACAAAGAGAUGGCAUCUGGAUUCCUGAACGCUUCUGCUGAGACCGUAUAUGGUGAAAAGAGCGCCUUCACACAAACUGAACACAAUAUUGUUGCUGCAUACCUCAUAACCGCAGGAGUGGUCAGUCUGUCUAGUAACAUUGUGGUGCUGCUGAUGUUUGUGAAGUUCAGAGAGUUGCGUACUGCCACGAAUGCUAUCAUUAUCAAUCUGGCUUUCACUGACAUUGGCGUAGCCGGUAUUGGUUACCCCAUGUCAGCAGCCUCAGACCUGCACGGGAGCUGGAAAUUUGGUUACACAGGCUGCCAGAUCUAUGCUGCCUUGAAUAUUUUCUUUGGAAUGGCUAGUAUUGGACUGCUCACUGUGGUUGCCAUUGACCGAUACCUUACCAUAUGUCGACCUGACAUAGGACAGAAGCUUACAACAGUAUCAUACACACUUGUAAUUGUGGCUGCUUGGCUGAAUGCUGUGUUUUGGUCAUCUAUGCCCAUCGUUGGUUGGGCAGGAUAUGCUCCCGACCCCACAGGAGCCACCUGCACCAUCAACUGGAGGAACAAUGACACAUCUUUUGUGUCCUACACAAUGACUGUGAUCACUGUCAACUUCAUCAUUCCUCUGGCGGUCAUGUUCUACUGCUACUACAAAGUCUCAGUUACUGUGAAGAGAUACAAAGCCAGUAACUGCCUAGACAGCAUCAACAUAGAUUGGUCAGAUCAGAUGGAUGUUACCAAGAUGUCCAUUAUAAUGAUAGUGAUGUUCCUGGUUGCCUGGUCUCCAUAUUCGAUUGUGUGCUUGUGGGCAUCAUUUGGUGACCCCAGAAAGAUUCCAGCUCCAAUGGCCAUAAUUGCCCCACUCUUUGCCAAGUCCUCCACCUUUUACAAUCCUUGCAUCUAUGUCAUCGCCAACAAGAAGUUCAGGAGAGCCAUCACUGGGAUGUUACGAUGUCAAACACGACAGAGAAUCACUAUUAGUAACCAGCUUCCAAUGACGGCAUCAUCUGCGCCACUCAACCCCUAAACAAUGAGACGAUCAGAUAUUUAAACAUUCAUAAAACUUCAGCGCUGGACGCUUUCCAUCUGCUCCCAUGUUUAAACACUGCUAGGCCUUAAUUACUUUAAAGUUUCAUACAAUUGCAAAGUGUCCUUCCUUCAAAGUGUCCUUCCUUCAACUGACAUUGACUUCCUUUGACCUUGCUGUUCAGUAUAGUCCGAUAGCAUUAGUCUGAUGCUUGUUACACUGUUAUCAGUCUGCUGCAAAUCCAGUGAAAUUGAUGUUGUUGAUACUGUAUUUACCUAAAAUGUUUUCAUUUGAAUAAAAACAAUUCCACUGUGA